CUAACACUGGCGGCCACAAGAAGGGCUUUAAUGCUAUACACUUUAUCCAGAUAAGAAUACCAUGAGUCGAUUGAAGACGCAUUAUUUAAGGGUUUCAGUAGGUGAAGAGGUAGUUAUUCCAGUUGAAAUCCAAAAUGCUGGUUAUUCAUUAGAUGCUGUGACUGUGUGGCUUACAGAUAGACAUCUACAGGAGAUUUUACAGCUACUACAAGGAACAAUAAAAACUUUCAUUGAGCUGAAGAAAUAUAAACAAACUUGUGUGAAAGAACAUCAAAGUUUUUCAGGCAUUGUCACAGGGACAAGUGUUAGGUUUGGGUAUUUGUUUAAAUCUAGGCCAAGCAGCCAGACAAGUAUUGUUGAAGAGCCCUCUGAAGGUAGGUUGAUAUUAUACAACAUAAUUCCUGUUACCAAUUAUUUUGCAUUGCAAUGGGAGCCACCACAGACUGUGGAACAGAAUUUGUACUAUGAUAUUUUUAUGCUCCCGCCAUGUAAUGGCCAAGGCAUAUAGUGUUACCCUGUUCCGUCAUUCCAUCCUUCCGUCCUUCUGUCAUUCCGUCAUCAUCAGUUUCCGUUCAUUAUCUUAAGAACGGUUGCACGUAUUCAACUCAAAUUUGACAUAUGGAUAUGUCAUGAGAAAAUACAGGUCAAGUUCGAAUUUGGUCAUGGUUCGAUGAUUUUUGGCAGAGUUAUGCCCCUUUUACUUUGAAAAUAAUAUGAAAUUUCAGUUUCCGUUCAUUAUCUCCCCAACAGUACAACUUAUUCAACUCAAACUUGACAUACGGAUAUGUCAUGAGAAAAUACAGGUCAAGUUCCAAUUUGGUCAUGGUUCGAUGAUUUUUGGCAGAGUUAUGCCCCUUUCACUUUGAAAAUAAUAUGAAAUUUCAGUUUCCGUUCAUUAUCUCCCCAAAGAUACAACACAUUCAACUCAAACUUGACAUAUGGAUGCAUCAAAGGAAUGCACAGGUCAAGUUCAAAUUUGGUCAUGGUUCAAUGAUUUUUGGCAGAGUUAUGCCCCUUUCACUUUGAAAGUAAUAUGAAAUUUUCAGUUUCCGAUUAUUAUCUCCCCAAUGGUACAACACAUUCAACUCAAAUUUGACAUAUGGAUAUGUUUUUGGAAUGCCCAGGCCAAGUUCGAAUUUGGUCAUGAUUCAAUGAUUUUUGGCAGAGUUAUGCCCCUUUCACUUUGAAAAUAAUAUGAAAUUUACAGUUUCUGUCCAUUAUCUACCCAACAGUGUUACAUAUUCAACUUAAAUUUGACAUAUGGAUAUGUCAAAGGAAUGGGCAGGUCAAGUUGGAAUUUGGUCAUGGUUUGAUGAUUUUUUGGCAGAGUUAUGUCCCUUUCACUUUGCAAAUAAUAUAGAUACAUCUUAGGAAUAAGCAGUUUAUGUUUGAAUUUGGUCGUGGUUCAAUGAUUUUAGACAAACUUAUCUUUCCUGAAUGUUGGAAAAAUUUUGAACUUUCAGUUUCAGCACUCAUACUUUUAGCCAUUAUUUUGGCUACAAAUAUGCAAUAUGCUAUUUUUAAAAGGUU